UUUAUCGACCAGAUAUUUAUUCCCAACACUAAAUUUAAGACGGUAUUUCCAUUUGGACGACAGACUCUAAGAGACCAUAGAUUACAAUAGAAAACCACAACAUCGCCAUGCUUCACGUUACCAAAAGUGCCGUGUGCUCUGCCACAAGUCUGAUGAUGAUGCUCCUCCUGGUACCCGAAACAGAUGGAAGUGGCCAGAUCGAGGUCUUGUUUGUGAGUUAUUCAAGCAACUGCGACCUUGACUACGGUAGUGCGUGUGACCCUAUGUUCACUUUCUGUUUGGGCAGGCCACAAUCAUCACAGACGUAUUUCAAAGAUUACACCUGUACUUAUGGAAAAACACUAUCAAGUACCAGUUAUGGUGACACAAAUUCUAUUUACUUCAAGGACCAGACAAGCAUUGGAGGUCUUCCUAACCCGUGGAUCAUAAAUACAGCUACCUUCUAUGAGCUUUCUGUGAUGAUUGCGGUGGAAAUUUACGACUCUGAUCCAGCUAACGCAGAUGACUUAAUGGUAGUCUUUUAUUCGUCAUUCCCGGUAGCUGUUGCCGCUUCGAGAAACGAAGCUCAGUGGUCAAGACAAGUUUUAAGAGACGGCACAUAUUACAUGGAUUUUGACAUCCGCCUUUACUGUGACCCGGGCUAUUUCACAUCCUUGUGUAACGUGAACUGCAGUCCCCAGAACACAUCGAGUGGUCACUACACCUGUCAGACCGGCACAGGGAAGAAGAUCUGCAUGCAAGGCUGGAAUGGCACGUCGUGUAGUGACGAUAUAAACGAGUGUACCCUGGGGUUCUGUUUGAGGGGAAACUGCACUAAUCUACCUGGUGACUACAUGUGCACCUGCCCACAAAACUACACAGGAAAGAACUGCUCUGUGUUGAAGAACCCAUGCCUGUCAACUUCCUGCCUGAAUGGAGGAACCUGCUACGCUCACCCCACAGAGUACACCUACCGGUGCAGGUGUCCUGCAGGGUGGGAGGGAAAUCACUGUGAGACGAGGACAAAUCCCUGCAACAGUCAGCCAUGUUUGAAUGGCGGACUUUGUAACAGCGACUCAGUUAACGGAGAUAAUUUUACCUGCACGUGUGUGGGGCAACAUGGUGGCGCUAGCUGUGAACACGUGCUUAAUCAGACAGUCACACCCACAACAAAUGGCAGCUACAGUACGUCUACAGUGGGAAUAAACAUAGACAACAGCUCCUCAGUGCCAAACCAGCAAGAACCCACGAAGCCAAUGGUUUUACCAACAUGGGCAAUUGCUGCUAUAGCUGCAGGUGGUGGACUUAUUGUUGUUGUCCUGGUGGUUUCCCUUGUACAUAUCAUCAAAGGGAGAUCUAAGCAGUUUGUUCGGAAUGAUUCAGCGUCUAGACCAGAAAUUUUUCUCGUGGAAUCGUGUGGAGCACAGUUAAGUGCCGACAUAGGCAGCGAGGGCAUCAAAGCUAAAAAUACCUAAAAACGACAAAGCUUUUAAAACAGGUCAAGAAAACAAGAUCUUCAAAGAACCAGAAAAAUUGUUUUCUUCAACCACUUCAUUAGCUCUUGGUAUCUGUGGCAUUUGUAGAAUUUUGUGAGGGGAAAUAAUGGAAGCAGAGCAUUCAAAAAGUUUUCCCAUAGACAUUUUGAGGGUACAGAAGAAAGAAUGCGAUAAGCGCCCUAACACCCCCACAUCUUGCCUAUGCUACUCCCUGAUAGAGAUGCUGCUAACGCUUUGACUCACUGAAAUUUCUUGCCUCUCCACGCUUACAAAUGACAAACAAUUUGUUCCACAAAAACUUUUCACAUUUACAAUGUGUACAUAAUAUGAUAAUACGUUUCACUGGGGUGUUGUUGUUCUAUCUGAAAAUUUGCUAUUUAUAUUUGUAUCUUUGUAAUGUAGUUUUAUAUUUUAAAAACAUAUAUACAUAUCAAUAACAUAAUUGACAUUUUUUUUUAAAAAACCUUUGAAUAUAAGAAUAUAAAUCAUACAAGUUUUGUUAAUGAACAGCCAUGUAUUACUUACAAUAAAAUGUAACCAUGAAUUGAAUUCCCCACCAGUAAGUUAAACUGAUGCAUUAAAAAAAUAUUAAUGUUACUGAGUAGAUUCUGAUUUUUGUAUUAUUAAAUCAAAUAGUUUUAAAUACAUUCAACAACUUUUAUAAUUUAGUUAAUCUUUUACAGACUAAAUCAAUGAUAUAUUUUCAUGUACUAAACCAUAUAGUAUCUCUGUAACAUUUUUUAAAUUCAUUAUACAUUUUUUUAACAUUUAAUCUCAUUAUUUC